ACCACGUGGACAUGUUCAACAAAAUGAACCAAUGAGAUAGUCGAAUUCGGCAAUGUGAAUGUCCGCCCGCAAGCUGCUUCGAUCUUUCUACCGUGCUCAGCGCCAUGCAACACGUCUCCUUGAUGCUGCUUGUUGUUGUGACGACAACCAAUUAAUUGCUCGCCGUCGGCUUUGAAGAAGAAGAGUGUGUGGUGGGGUCGUGCUGGAAGUCAGUCUCUUGUUGCCAUUGCCCCGUUUGUUACCUCGCUACCUACCGGUACCUCGUUAACCAGUUCUCUUGUGGAGGUUGAAGCAAGUUUUGACACACACAAUAAUAAGUUGGGGUUCUGGCACCUACCGAUCAGAACUUUUUGGGUAUCAACAGUAUACACAUACUGUAGUGGAGUCAAGAGUCAAGUCAAGUCUGUCGAGACAGCAAUCCUGUCGGCACACUACUGUCAUCUUUUCCAUCUUGACAAAGGAAGAAAAGAAUUCUUUUUCUCGCCGCAGCAUUGGUUGUACUACCGAAGCCAGCUACCGUAUAUCCAUCUGUUUCGCAAGAUAUUGCACUCUCAGAAUUCUUUCACUCGACAACCAAUGCCACUGCUGGUCUACCGGAACAUUCACUGAGUGAAGCAAUCAAUCAAUCAAAGCAAACAAGCAUUCUUUCAGAGCUCCAAGAUCAUUUAUCCAAGAGACAGAAGAAGACCAUUAUAUAGCCACAGCAAUACUACUAUGACUUAUACCAGUACCAGAUCCAUUCUGGCGGCGACUCUCUUGCUCUCGUCGAGCAUUGGUCCAUCUGAGGCCUUUUCGGCUACUUCCACAUUGCCAGUCACACAACAACAACAACAGCGAACACGGCUCUCGUAUGCUCCCAAAGACAGCUUGGACAGCGGCCGACCAAAGCCAAGAGGCCGUGGGAGACCCCGAAAGGCCGCAGCUUCUUCCUCGACUCCCACCACAGCUGCCAAGAAACCAAAGGUAUCCAAAAAGUCUUCUACUACUGCGAGGCGCACUGCCAAGACUACCACGUCCACCACAUUGGCGGCGUCGGCUACUGAUACUGGCGCUGCAGCAGUCAGCAAGAAAACUAAGACAAAGACCCGCAGGGGCAAGAACAAAGGCGCUCUUUCGUCUGCUGCAGCAGAUAAUUAUUCGCCUAUCAAUACUGGCAUGUUGGAACACGAGCUGUUAUCCAAACAAGAAGAACUGGUGCUGGGAGCACAAGUGCAACGUGCCAUUCAAAUCCAACAAGCCGUAGUGUCUUGGUGGGAAGAGCAAAGCAUCAAACGACAACUCCACCAAGAGCAAUUUGGCAAUGACAGUGAGGAUGACUAUACGAACCUGAGUGUAUACGGGUUGGACAGCAGCAGCAGCAGCCACGUGGAUGCCGCAAACCAUCCCUUGUUGUAUGGCACGACAGCAGGCCAAGCCAUGGAGCGACAAAUGUUGUUCUCCCAGGAGGAGGAACUCUUCUACCCAGAUGGGACUCCCUUUGAAGGAGAAGAAGCCUUUGGAAUGUCGACAUUUGAUAGUCUCAUCUUUGAGCAACAACCUCAAAAGCCAGCGCCUUACACACCCGAGUCCUGGAUGGAUGAUGUCUUGGAGAUGGAUCGACAACAGGCAGCACCACCACUGUCUUCUUCCACGGACAAUAGUUUGACGGAUGAAGACAUUCGCAACGAAUUGGGUAUUCCAGGAGGAAGGACAGAGCUCCGAACGAUUCUUCUCGAGGGAGCCAUGGCACAGGAAAAGCUCAUUCGAUGCAAUGUCAAGCUUGUCACGAGCAUUGCAAAGCGCUGGGUUGGAGAUCAACCUCAGUCAUCUUCUUUGGUACGAGCGUACAAUGGAGGAGGGGCCAACAGCAUUGUUGGUCGACCCACCCUGGACGAAGCUAUCCAAGAAGGUGUACUUGGGUUGCAAGAGGCCGCUAUUCGCUUUGAUCCCGGCCGAGGAUUCCGGUUCUCGACUUACGCUACUGCGUGGAUCAACAAUAGAGUCCGAAGAAUCUUCCAGCUUGAAUCUUCAUCUGGAAUUCGAUUGCCCACGCAACAUUACGAAAUCAAAAGGAACUACAUCAACCGAGUGCGGCAUUACAUUAGGACCCAUCGAAGCGUACCCUCCAUGGAAAAACUGGCGGAUGACCUUGGCGUUACUGAGAAACGAUUGAUCAAAGCGCUGCGGAUGACGCAACCAUUGGCUUCCCUCGACUCGCCCCUGGCCACUGCGGCAAGCCUUGGAGCUGGAAAAGCUGGUGGAGUGGAAAGCGCAGGUGGCGAGAGCGACUAUUCCCUGGCUUCGUUGCUUGCCUGUGAUGAACCGCUUCCCGAGGAUCACGUUGAACGGUCUCUGCUAAGGCAGUGCCUAGAGAACAUCAUGGCGACAGAGUUGUCACCGAGUGAACGUGACGUGAUACGCAUGCGUUUGGGACUAGACGACGGUGUGAUCCGAUCCGUUAAAGAGGUUUCUGAUGUCUUUGCUGGACGCUUGACGGUUGCAGCCAUUAGAAACAUCGAACAACGCGCAUACAAUAAGCUUCGCAGUCCAUGGACCGUGCACAACUACAACUUGUUGGCGUACGUCGACUUUGCAGGCAUCGAUGGUAGCACCCAACGACACUACAAGUCGUGAGGAACUGAACGUUCAAUCUUGUACAUACCCAUUGUAAAUAAUGUCCUUCCACAUUAAAUGUUGCCCUGGCAAGGACCGUACCGGUACACGUAGAUAGCUGGUUGCGAGCAAAGCCAUCGGGUUGCCUGCGAAGUCGUUGGAGCCUCAACGUCGAAGACGAAUCAUACAUCGUACCUACAGAUUGCAAAGUUCAGCGUUUCCUGAAUCCCCAUU